UGUUUUCAUGCGCGGUGGGCGUUCCUCCGCGUUCGUUCGCUGACUGUUGAUGCUGAGAAGAAUUUCUCCUUCGUGACCAGCUCUUCCGAUGUUUCUCCCUACGCUCGUAGAGGACAUGCAUCAUUUCAAGCCCAGUCGAGACAGAUUGUACACCACCAGGUGUUGCGGGUGCUGCCACGUCCGAACGGGGACCAUCAUCCUGGGAACAUGGUACAUGGUAGUGAACCUGUUGAUGGGCAUCCUGCUGACUGUUGCUGUUACCCACCCAGAGAACGUGCCCACUAUUGACCUGCAGUAUGAGGUCAUUGACCACUACUUCGCUUCUGACAGGAUGUCUGAAAAUGCCUGCGUUGGAUUUGCCAUCUCUCUGUUGAUGCUCACGAUCAGUGCCAUGAUGGUGUAUGGAGCCAUUACUCAUCGUGAUGGCUGGCUCAUCCCAUUUUUCUGCUACCAGCUGUUUGACUUUGCUCUGAGCUGCCUGGUGGCCAUCAGUUCUCUCACGUACCUACCCAGGAUCAGGGACUACCUGGACCAGCUGCCGGAUUUCCCAUACAAGGAUAACCUCCUCUCUAUGAACUCCAGCUGCCUGCUGCUCUUUGUGCUGGUCUUCUUUGCCUUCCUCAUCAUUCUCAAGGCUUACUUAAUCAACUGUGUGUGGAACUGCUACAAGUACAUUAAUAACAGGAACAUGCCAGAGAUCGCUGUGUACCCUGCCUUUGAAACCCCUCCCCAGUACAUCUUGCCCACUUACGAGAUGGCCAUGAAGAUGCCAGAGAAGGAACCGCCUCCUCCUUACAUGCCAGCCUAAGCACCAGCCCUGUUGCCAAAACAUGCACACACACACGCGCGCACACAGCCAUCAUAUGCAUUCCUUCAUACCCUCACCUUGCCCCUGCCCCCUCUGACCUACUGUGUACUGUAAAGACCACUGAAGAUGUUUAGUUUAACCCCACCCCACCUCCUAACGAUGAGAAGAGAAAAGUGGCAAAGGAGAGCAUGUCUGAAAAUGAAUGAGUUUAAAAAGAGGUGCAAGUACC